AUGGAACCACAAAAGAAAGAAAAAGUUGAAAAAGCAACAGGUGGUCGAACAAUAUGGCGAAAUUUAAUUUGGCUAAUUAUCCUUUUUGCAUAUUCUUUCAUUGGUGGUAUUGUUUUUAGCGCUAUUGAAGGCAACAACGAUAAAAAUGAAAUUAUGAUGAAAUAUAAACAUCAAAUGGAUCUUUAUGAAAAGCGCAAAACAUAUCAAACAAAAAUUUUCAAGAAAUUAUGGGAAAUUGGCAAUGAUGAAUUAUAUUUGCAAAAUAAAAGUAUUAGCAUAUCGGAGAUAGAAAAUCAAAAAAUCAAACUUGCCAGAGAUGUAUUCAGCUGGUAUGAACAAGAAUUAGGAAUCGAAAUUAAGCUACCAGUAAUGGAGGAUACAAAAUGGAAUAUUUGGGGCGGUGUUUAUUAUUCUGCAAGCUUAUAUACUACUAUUGGUUAUGGAAAUUUUCAUCCCAUAACAACCGCCGGUCGUAUAAUAUCGAUGAUUUAUGCAUUUUGUGGUAUACCAUUAGUUUUUACAAUUCUUUUGGAAUGGGGUUUUUUGUAUUAUACCUGGUUGAAUAUGUUUUGGAAAUGGUUUAAUUUGAAAUUAUGUUCAAAUUCAAUGAAAAAACAUCACAAAAGACGUCUUGAAAAAGAAAAAAGUCGCCGUGCUGGAAGUGACUUAUCACUUAGAUUGACAUCACUGGGACCAUUAACUCAAUUAUCUCAAACAAAUGAUGACCUUCAUCAGACUGAUCAUCAGAUAGAAAGUGGUAAAAAGAUAUCCCAGCUACCAAUUGAACUUAGCGAAGUGGAAAAACAACGUACUGUGCCGCUUAAGGCUGCAUUCAUAUUUUUCUUUUCAUGGAUUAUAAUCAGUGCUUUUGUAGUGCGACUCUGGGAGACUAAUUGGACCUAUUUUACUGCUUACUAUUACUUCUUUACCUCACUUACUACAAUCGGACUUGGUGAUGUUGUCACAGAAACACCAAAUUAUAUUAUUUUCAAUUUGGCUCUUACAAUGAUAGGUCUUUCCGUGGUUGGCUUAUGCGUUUCCAUUGUACAGGCGAAAAUUCGUUUAAUCUUUGACCGGAUGAUUCGUUCAAUCGAUAGCCAAUAUCGAAUAAGACAGAUCGAUCCGGAUGUGGCCACAAUGACUGUAAUACCGGAUGAGAAAGAAGGUGUUAAAAGGCUCUGUGAAGCACAACCAAUACAAGAUCGUCUCAUUUACAUAGCAAUGGAUGAACACAAAAAGCAGCUUCUUGAAGACAGAUGGAGACAGAGAAGUUCUAUGGUAAAUAGGAUAACCCAAACCAGGCCAAAUCGUGCAGACAAAUGUAUCCAGACCGGCCAAAGAGUUGAUGAACAACCAGUAAGAUUGGAAAGACCUGAUGAUUGGGAAAGCGGAAGCAGUACGUUAUCGGAUGAAGAUGUUAUGGAUUACGAUUCCAUCACUGGAAAACGAAUUGUACCGCCAAGCGCUCGACGAUAUAUAUAUACGGUUUUUGACUAA